AUGUCUCGAAUUGAAGGUGUAUCACCACCCAUUGUUACUCAACAAUUAUCAGAUAAAAUUGUACGUGCUUCACGUACAAUAACAUCCACAAAUGAAGAACCUCAAGUACCUUUAGUACUUAUUAAUCGUUAUCGUGUAACAACUAUGAUUGGUUCAGGUUCAUUUGGACAUAUCUUUGAAGCAAAUGAUAUUCAUACACAUGAACAAGUUGCUGUUAAAUUUGAAUCACAUUCUCUUCAAUAUCCACAAUUAGCAUAUGAAGCACGAGUUUUAAAACUUAUUUCUGGAAUUGGUAUUCCAAAAAUAUUUUGGUUUGUAUAUAUAUAA